UUCUUCUUGUCAUUUGAUUGAACAAUAGCAUCUUCCUCAAAAUCCAACUAAACUAUUACAAGACAAAAAAGAGAAAGAAGAAAGGGAAUAUCAACUUUCACCAACUCAAAACUCAUUUCCAAGAAGUCUCCUUCCCCUUUUCUACUCUACCUCAUAAGACAAAGCAAUCUUUCAACUAGUCCCUAAUCUAUUCCAUCUCAUUUAUUUCACAUUUUCCUUCCAAGCCACUAUUCCAUUAGCUCUUUCACUUCCACUCACAAAACAUUAACACAAACACAAAAACAAAAGAGUUGAAAACAUCUCUUACAGUUUCUUCAUCUUCACCAUUCUCUUAUGAUCUCCACAAACCAAGACCCUCUUCCCACCCACACCCAUUUCUCCAUCAUGCUCAAACUCCUCAACAAAAACCUCCGCCGCUUCCUCUCCCAUCUCCGGUGCCCAAUUCACCCUCCCUCAAAAUCCAAACUAACCGUCGUAAUCGACAAACUAACAACCAACCCCAACCCAAAACCUCAAAACGAAACAAGCUCAAAAUUUACAUCAGCACUUCAUCCAAAAACCGAGAAAAAAAUCCGAGUGGCCACUUUCAACGCCGCACUUUUCUCAAUGGCACCAACUCUUCCCAAAACAACACCAUUCGAAGACGAAAACGACGUCGCUCUAAAACACCUAAAUCCCCGAUCAAAAUCAACAAACGACAGACCAAAAAGCAUACUGAAACAAACUCAACCACAACUCCCAUCCAUAAAAUCGAAAACAAGAGUUUCGAUAAAUUUACCGGACAACGAGAUAUCGUUGCUGAGAAGCAGACAAUCGAGUUUCUCGGAGCACGAGAAGGAGAGAGGGUCGACGAGUAGUAAUUGGGGAGGUGUGAGGAGUGGGAGGACGUUGGUGGAGGUGUUGAGAGAAGUGGAUGCGGAUGUGUUGGGAUUGCAGGAUGUGAAAGCGGAAGAAGAGAAUGGAAUGAAGCCAUUGUCGGAUUUAGCGGCGGCUUUGGGGAUGAAUUAUGUGUUUGCGGAAAGCUGGGCGCCGGAAUAUGGUAACGCGGUUUUGUCUAAAUGGCCUAUUAAGCGUUGGAAUGCUCACAAAAUCUUUGAUCAUACUGAUUUCAGGAAUGUUUUGAAGGCAACUAUAGAUGUACCUGAAGCAGGUGAACUAAACUUUUACUGCACUCACCUCGAUCACCUUGACGAGAAUUGGCGAAUGAAGCAAAUAAAUGCAAUCAUUCAAACAAAUGAUGAGCCCCACAUCUUAGCUGGAGGACUUAAUUCACUUGAGGAAUCCGAUUACUCGCAAGAAAGAUGGACAGAUAUUGUAAAGUACUAUGAAGAAAUGGGAAAGCCAACACCAAAGGUUGAAGUGAUGAAACAUCUCAAGAGUAAAGACUACACAGAUUCUAAAGAUUAUGCAGGGGAAUAUGAAUCGGUUGUAAUGAUUGCCAAAGGACAAAGUGUGCAAGGGACAUGCAAGUACGGUACACGGGUAGAUUACAUAUUAUCAUCAUCGAAUUCGCCGUAUAAGUUUGUUCCUGGUUCAUAUUUAGUCCUUUCUUCCAAAGGGACCUCAGAUCAUCACAUAGUGAAAGUUGAUGUGAUGAUCAAAGUAAAUAACAAUCCUCAAGAAAACGUGACAAAGAAACCGCAACAACAUAGACAGAAAAUUGUAAGAAUAACACAUUCGACUCCGUCAAAAGGUAUAUGGAAAACACACAACGGGGAAGUAUAUUGAGUUGUUUGUUCCUCCUUAGUUUAGAUGAGUGUAUUUGUUUUGUUUCUGCUUCCUAAUCAUAUAUGUUAUAUAGCAUUCUUCAAAUUGAAUUAGAAGAAUAUAAAAGAAAAGAGUGAGUGUAAUGUGUAACACUUUUUUUUUUCUAUUUGUAUAGCUUGAGUUUCGAUUAACAAAUUUCGAAAUCUACAGAGUGAUUUGCUUCCCCUUCGUUGACAAUGUCCACAAAUUCACAUUGAAUUUCUUUUUGAGAAUGAGCCACCAUAUGUGAUGUUAUAUAGAUUUUAGUCUCCUACAAACCACUCCAAUGUAUUUGCUUUAAAUGUGUGGAAACCUCUUUGUAUAUAUAGAUGCAAUGAGUGAAACAAUCAUUUUAGACCAAGCUUCUCCAUUAUCAGUCAUUAUGAAGAAAGCAAAUGGGAGAGAGGUGUGUGUAUUUUGCAUGUGGAGGUGUUACCCUUGAAUUUCGACUUACUCUUUACAUUAUGAUCUGAAAGCAUGUUAAUCCAAAAGAGGAAUUUUGGGAGCAGUGGGUCGAAGAGCUUUCGAUUUCAGUAGUACACAGUCGAAAGUGAUAGGUUUUACUGGUAUUAUGCUUAGAAGAAAAACUUGGAAAUAUUCACGUGUUUUCUAGUCAGAGGUUGGUCGAAGUCCAAUUUAAGUGGAUAAAAUCAGACAGUUUUUCUCUGGGGUACGUGGAGGCCUGAUAGGCGAAAGGUUGCAUGGUUGGGACACGUGAUGGCAGAUGUUUAGUCGACCGUUAGGGCAGGUACUAUUUUAGAUGUCUAUAUAAGCAGCGUUGUUUGUAGUUUUUUAGGGUCCGCAUUCCUGUGUUACUAAAGAAAACUCUAAAUCUCUGUGCUAAAAUGAGAAACGAGUGUUACUUUUUGAAAAUUUACGUAUGCGUACCAUUUUAUAUCCAUGCAAUAAUUUUCUUUUAUCUUCCAAGUUCAUGUUACAUUCUAUGCCAUUUCUUUCGUGUCAUUUUCUUAAAUUCUGUGCAUUGUUCUUUUCAAUAUUUUGUCAUUUACGCAUUAAACACAAGUCAAACAACAUUAAAACACAGUAUAGCACAAUAAAGUCCUAAGAUUUACUAGUUGAUCCUGCAAAGUAAACUUUAAUAAGAAACUAGCUGUUGUUUACCAAAAUUCAGGAUAAACAGGAGAAAGGAUUAUUUUUCUAUGAAGCAUGAUGUCCGACACAGACAAAGGACGCGGAAAAAACAGUCUUGUUAAUUCUCUAUAUAGUUGUGUGUGAGGUGUGUCCAAUAAUACCCAACUUGAGUUAAUACAAACAGAAAGAGUUUUCAGAACACUUAUCUAAGGUGUCGACGUGUCUCUUGCGAUGUGAGUUUCAUUUGCGGAAGUGUCAAGAGGAAUUUCCGUGUUUCAUAGGCAUUUGAAUAAUGUCAAAUGUGAAUGAUACUCAGUGGAAGGGUGUGAAUAGGAGAAACUGGGAUGUAGGUAGCACUCUCCUCAUAAAAGUUGGAACCCAAAUCCAUUAGAAAAGUGCAACCCAAUACAUAGGAAGAUAGUGUGAGGGCCCUACAUUUCAAAGCAAGGCCUGGUAGUAUCCAAAACCUUACAAGAUUCUCUAAAAAGAAAACUGGUCCAAUAUGUGAUGAACCUUUCUGAUCAUAUAUUAUGUAAUCCUGCUUGAAAUGUUAUCUGUUAAAGAAAUCACUAUUUAUAUUAGUCUUAUCUGUUACUUCAA